UAAUAUGAGAUGGAGAGUGCAUGCUUCUGAUCAAGUGUUCAUCUCAUUGGGAUGUGUGAGGCCCAGGUCUGAUGUUAGAGUGGGUUGAUACAUUUAUGCGAUAGUACUUGCAAACACUAUCCUGCGCAAACAAGCUCAAUCACAGUGGCCGAUAUCGGCGAUUGUUCGGAUCUCGAAGCAACCCCACUAAUUUGAUGGCUCCCUCGGGCUUGAAUACGCGGUUAUAUAGAAGACGACACCAUCAUGGCCUCAAGAAACCUUCACUCCUCCGCUUCGCGAUGAGGCAUCACUGCCAGGCAUCUCACAAUCUCAAUCAUCCAACAUGAUGCAGCUGAGGGGUCCAGUCCUUACCUUCCCUUUCAACUGCCUGCAAUGCAGCACCACCUCGCCCAAGAUCAGCGUCAUAGACGCUACGCGGGAAAGCAUACGUCCUCGCCGCCGUACCUACGCUCAAGUUCACUCCAAGCCGCACGAAGACCUAUACUCAUGGCCUGUUCCUGAGCCUCCCCAUCGUACACCCACCCCCUACCAGAUCCUCCACCAUAAACCAUCCGAUCGGUACUCCAAAACACCCUUCUACCAGCUCGUAAAGCUCUACCACCCCGACCUUGCUAAAGCAGACUCACGCAUCCGUGCCCUCCCUCCACAUAUCCUCGCCGAACGCUACCGCCUCAUCAUAGCCGCCCACACCAUUCUCUCUGACCCUGUGCGUCGCUCUGCGUAUGACCGCUUCGGGGCCGGCUGGUCUGCCUCCAGCACGCUCGGCUCCUCGUCAUCCACGACCGGCAAGUCAAGCUGGUACUACCCAUACGACUCUCACAUGGAUUCAUCCUACAAGGCACAGCGAGAGAGAUGGCGGCCCGGCGAGUCUCCCAUGGGUAACGCGACGUGGGAGGAUUGGGAGGCGUGGCGCAAGCGGGUCAAUCCAGACGGACAUACACAGAAGCCGAUUUAUGUGAGCAACGGCACGAUGGUGAUGUUCGUUUUGUGCUUGACGGCAGUCGGGGCAAGUUUGCAGAACCAGCGCAUCGAGGUUGCGGCGGAAAAGUGGGAGGACCUUCAGGAACGGGUCAAUCGGGAGAGCGCGAAGGAUUUGCGGCAUGUAAGAGAGGCGGGAAGGGCGGCUGGGGAUACGGAGGAGAGUAUCCAAUAUUUCUUGGAUUCGAGGGCAGGAAAGGGCGAAAAAUGGCAGAAAGAAGCGCUAAGGAAAAUGCUGCCGCGCAAGGAGGUCUGUGAAAGUGGAGGGGUCGCUGGAGACGUCAAGUGACUCUCUGCUUGGAGAAAAAUACAUUGUGGUUUGUCACGGUGUUCCACGCAGCAGUAUGACACGGCGUUCGACAGGGCGACACAAGGGUUAGACGAUGAAACGAUAUAUAUAGCAGCCAUGGCUCCGCAUUGCGUCUUAUACACGAUA